UUAUUUGAUAAAAUAUUAUUUCAAGAACCCAAAAUCCCCUUUUCAACCCAAAGAUGGUGAGUGAGUGAGUAGAUGGGAACGUUAAUCAAAAUAGUUCACCAACUCUUCUUUCUGCUACCACCCAUCUAUCUCACCUACAAAAUUUUCUCUCUGCUACUAUAUACAGAAAGCUCAUUAGACUAUCAUUUGCAAGAGAAGUAGCUAAUAGUACCAAGAAACCAACAAAAGAAGAUAGUCAAUAGAAAAAGGUUCGAGAAUGGAUGAUGAAUCCCUGCCUUCAGUCUGUGUUCUUGAUGCAUCAACUUAUGUGGGCUUUUGGAUUCUCAAAGGACUAUUGAGCAGAGGAUACACAGUGCAUGCAGCUGUUCAGAAAAACAAUGGGGAGACAGAGAUAGAGAAGGAAAUAAAUGAUAUGGAGAAAGAAGAGGAGAGAUUAGUUGUGUUCAGUGUAGAUGUUUUGGACUACCAAAGCGUUCUUUUUGCUUUGAAGGGUUGCUCUGCUUCGUUCUGCUGUUUAGAUAGUGCAGAUGGAUAUGAUGAUUUAAUGGUAGAUUUGGAAGUUAGAGGAGCAAUUAAUGUAGUGGAGGCAUGUGCACAGACUGAUAGUAUAGAAAAGAUUGUGUUCACUUCUUCUAUAACGGCAGCAAUUUGGAAAGAGAAUAUCUGUUUAGAAGCAGAUGUAGAUGAGAGGUCUUGGAGUAAUCAAGAAUUCUGCAGAAAACUGAAGUUGUGGUACGCCCUGGCAAAGACACAGUCUGAGCAGGCAGCUUGGGCUUUAGCCAUGGACAGAAUGGUUAACAUGGUUUCCAUUAAUGCCGGACUAGUUUUGGGCCCUUCCGUCACUCAACAAAACCCUAGAACCACUAUCUCUUAUCUCAAAGGAGCAGCUCAAAUGUAUGAAAAUGGAGUGCUAGCAUUUGUAGAUGUGAAUUUUCUAGUUGAUGUUCAUAUUCGAGCUUUUGAGGACCGGUCUACAUGCGGUCGAUACUUUUGCUUCAACCAGAUCGUGAAUACUGAGCAAGAAGCUCUCAAACUUGCACAAAGCUUGAGCCCUUUAAUAUCUUUGCCACCAAGAUAUGAACACCAAGGAAGGGAGGUCCAUGCUGAUAGGUUAAGGACCAAGAAGCUAAACAAGCUGGUCGAAGGAACUGCCUAUUUGUAGAACCAGACACUUAAUCUGAUUUAGUAUUUGGCUUUUGGCUUUUACUUAUGAAUAUAAUUGGAUGUAAAUAUUUAUCCUUUUGGUUCGGAAUGUCUGGUUUUCUUCUGAAGCAUGUCAGUUAAGGGUACUUAUCCUUCCUUUUUGGAAUGAAAUAAUCUCACAAAUAUAAUAUGUUAAUGAA